CUGAUAUUAAGGAGUGGACAGAUAUAGGUAUACACCAAGGGGAUUUUAUUCAAUCUAUUCAAAGAACUAUGGAAUCUAAAGUUUUUCCAGUACUUCCACUAAUGAAGGCGGAUUCUGGUCUUUUAGAAAACAAAUACAGUGAAGAAUAUGUUGAUGAAAAUGUAAACCUAAUCCAACUUGGCUCCAAAAAAUUUUUUAUUCCUCCUGCUAUUAAUCAAUUGGCCUGGAGAAGGUUUCAUGUUGACAAGUUUAGAUCUAGACAAUUAGAAAAGAAGCAUGCGUACAAUAUUCCGCAAGUGAUCCAAGCAGGGUUGAAAGCAAAACUUCCAAAUGCUAAAGCUCAUAUUGACGACCACCAAGACUUAAUAGCUUUGGGCUUAACCGAUAUCAUUGAUGAAUAUGAAGAUUUACAAAAAGUUAAAGAAUUUGGAAUUUUAUCAAACAAAUUCCAUCCAAUCUUAUGCCGAGUAUUCACGAGACUAUAUCACUUUUGCUACUUUAGUGAUACAUGCUAUAGGGAUGCAGAGGCCAAGAAUCUUUUACAAGAUGUUCAUCAGACAUUUAUUAGAUUAAAAGACUAUAUUGAUGAGGAGCAUAUUGAAAUGGCUACGUAUUCUGAAACCAUCGAUUAUUUUAGAUUGCAUUUGAUAUUAUUAAAAGCGCUAAGAGAGUUUGCCAGCCUCAACUGGAUUGAUGGAAGCUUAAUAAAUCGGUUGGAAAGCGACUUAUCUAAAAUGGUUGAUGAAUUAAUUGACCUUGAUCGAGAAGAGGAAUAUGACCCUUACUAUAGUGAUAGUAGCGAUAGAGCACAAGAGUACAUUCAGGGAGUAAAAUCACAAAUCAUACUCCUUUAUUGUGAAAUAGAGUCCACGCUUUUCAGAAAAUGGUAUGAAUACUGCAAAUUUGAUAAUAUAAAAGACUAUUUUAGGUUUGAAAAUAUUUUCACGUUUAUUUCAAAUGAAAGCUAUAGAAUCGAAAUGGGGACUAAUUCACCAACUUUCAGGUAUCCCAUUUUUUAUAAAUUUUAUUAUAAAUACUAUCCAGAUCUUUAUUGGAAAUCCAAUUCAAGUUUCAAGUUUGAUUAUUUGAAGAUGAUUCAAGCAUCAUACCAUCUACCGAACUUUCAAACUGAUCCGAUGAUAUUCCAAUCCAAAAGCUUGGAAUUUCUUAGGAAAUUACUCGUCUCAUUUGUCACUCACGAUGAUGGGAAAUCAUUGGAUGAGAAAAUCAUUGAUAGCCAGUUGGAAAAUAACGAAGUGCUUCACUUGUUUAAAGAUGAUUUGAUCAAAUUGCUAGUGAACUUUGAAAGCCUAAUCAAAUCCAAUUAUAUUCUUAUGUUUGUUGCAAACUUCGAAGUAAAUCGCAGAAACCUCUUGGUCUGUGAAGUUCAAGGCAUGGGUGAAUAUUUAAUUAAAGGUUUUGAAGCAAACUUGACAAACACAGAUCUAGUCAUUGAUCAGUUCCUUGAUAGGUUUUCGUAUUGUUUGUUUCGGUACCCUACUCUUGGAACUUUUUUGAAGAAACGAGUUUCUGCAAGAAGUUCCCAUGCCGAAAGAAUCAUGAAAUCUAGCUUCAAGUCGAUUUGCCUCAGUAAAGACUACUCUAAGCUAACCCCUACCUUUAAAUACGUACAUCCCGAGUCAAUGAAAUUGAUUUCAUCUCUACACGAGCUAGUCAAGCUGAACUACGAAAUAUAUCAUCCACUAAUUAGUUGGCUUUUUAGAGAUACUGGAGAACUCUAGAGAUUAUUUCUUUCACUUUUUUACUUUUUUUUACUUCUUUACCACCUUUUCUUUCCCUUUUUUUCCACAUUCUUUUCAUUACAAUUGUGC